AUGUUGGAUGAUUAUGAAGUAAUCCAUGUUAAUGAAGAAAAACAAUCACAACAACAUCAUCAUCAACAACAGAUUGUCGCUGGACAACAGCCUGGCUUAGAUGCAAUUGGUGUUGAUGAUGAUGACGAUGAAUCUGAUGAAGAUUCAGAUAGUGACGUGGACGAUGAAUCAGAUAUAAUUGAAGUUGAUCCUCAAUCUGUUUCAACCACAUCAAAUAAUCAAAAGAAAACUCAACAAUUACCAUCUGCUGAUAAUCAUAAGGCUUUGGCAACAAGAUUAUUAAAACCAGUACCUGAUUACCCAGUGAAGGCAGAAAACUUUAAUAUAUGGCAAAUUAAAGAUUGGUAUGGUUUACCAAAAGAUAAAGUUAGAGGUCCUGCUUUUACUUGUGAUGAUUUUAGUUGGAAUAUCUUAUUAUUCCCCAAAGGUAAUAAUAACAAUCUGAUUUCGAUUUAUAUUGAACCUCAACCAUUAGAUAAAAGAAGUGAAUGGUAUGUCUGUGCUCAAUUUUAUCUUGAUAUUUGGAAUCCUUUACAUCCAGAUUCUCAUACAGUAAUGUCUUCUCAUCAUCGUUUUAGUAAUAAUGAAACCGAUUGGGGGUUCACUGCAUUUAUGGAUUCAAAACAAUUAAGUUCAAUCCAAAGAUCUCAUCAAUACCCAAUUUUGGAAAAUAAUCAACUUAAUAUCACUGCCUAUGUUAAAGUAAUUGAUGAUUCUUCAACUGGAGUUUUGUGGCAUAAUUUGGUUGAUUAUGAUUCAAAAUCAAAUACUGGAUUUGUCGGUUUAGGUAAUCAAGGUGCAACUUGUUAUUUGAAUUCUUUAUUACAAUCUUAUUUCACAACUAAAUGUUUCCGUAAAUUGGUUUAUCAAAUCCCAACUGAUUCCGAUUCUAAUAAUAAUAAUAAUAAAGCAGUACCUUUAGCAUUACAAAGAAUUUUUUACUCUUUGGCUACUUCAAAUGACGCUGUAAAUACUUUGGAAUUAACUAAAUCUUUUGGUUGGGAUUCUUCAGAUGCUUUCACUCAACAUGAUGUUCAAGAAUUAAAUCGUAUCUUAAUGGAUAAAUUAGAAUCAGCAAUGAAAGGUACUUCAAUCGAAAAUUCUCUUAAUGAUAUUUUCGUUGGUAAAAUGAAAUCUUAUAUCAAAUGUGUUAAUGUUCCUUAUGAAUCUUCAAGAGUUGAAGAUUUUUGGGAUAUACAAUUAAAUGUUAAAGGUUUUGAUAAGUUGGAACAAGCUUUUGCUAAUUAUAUUGAAAUUGAAAUGUUGGAAGGUGAAAAUAAAUACCAGGCUGGUGAUGAAUACGGAUAUCAAGAUGCCAAAAAGGGUGUUGUUUUCCAAUCCUACCCUCCUGUUUUACAUUUACAAUUGAAAAGAUUUGAAUAUGACUUUAUGGUUGAUGAUUUAGUUAAGAUUGACGAUUUGUAUGAAUUCCCAGAUAAAAUUGAUUUAAAGCCUUACUUAGAUGAAGAAGUUUCAGAUGAAGUUAAAAAACAAAAUUGGAAUUACAAACUACAUGGUGUUUUGGUUCAUCAAGGUUCAAUCUCAAAUGGUCAUUAUUAUGCUAUGAUCAAACCUAACGCUAAUGACAACACUUGGUUAAGAUUUGAUGAUGAUAAAGUUUGGAAAGUUACCCCAACUCAAGUCUUCCAAGAAAAUUUUGGACAUGAUGAAUUAAGUUCCGAUCAAUUAAGCAGACUCUCAAGAUUAGAACAAAAUCAGUAUUUCACUAGUAGAGUUACUUCUGCUUAUAUGUUGGUAUACUAUCGUGAACUGGAGUUGGAAAAUAUUUUACCAAUAGAUGAAAAUAAAAUUAACUCUUAUGUUCCUGAACAUAUUCCAAAACAAAUACAAGAUGAAAGAGAUGAAUUAGAAAGAUUAGAAAAAGCUAGACAAGAAGCUCUUUACUACCUCAAUGUUAAGUUCGUUACAGUCGAAAAUUAUAAUAACUUUAAUGGAUUCGAUAUGUAUCCUGACCCAACAGUAAGUAAGUUUUAUGACGAUAAUAUUUUCAAUGAGAAGAGUUAUCCAGUCCAAUUGAAAGUCAAAAAAGAUGAUCCUUUUAGCUCAUUAUACGAAUUGGCAGCAAAAGAAUUUAAUUAUCAAAUCGAAGAAAGCAAUAAGGAAGAUUUAUCGAAAUACCCAUUCAGAUUGAUUUUGGUAAAUCACCGUAAUAACCAUACAAAUAGAGCUGAUGCGCCUGUCCCAACUGAAUUUCAAAGCUUGACCAUCAGCCAGAUUUGUAAUAGAUUUUUUAACAAAAGAUAUGACGAAAUGGUAUUUUAUAUAGAGGAAGCACAUAAAGAAUUAAAAUCCGUGAAUGAAUCACACAGUUCUAUUGAGGAAGAAAUUUCUCCAGAACAAUUUUCUUUUGAUAAAGUUUUCUCGAAGAUUAACUCAUCAACUGACGUAAAAAAUAAUGAAUUACAAGACAUAAGUGAAGGAUCUUCAUUUAUUCAAAUUUAUUUGAAGUAUUUUGAUUUAGUUAGUAAUGAGGUUAGGGGGUUAACCCAUGUUACUGUAUCAAAGGAUGAUACUUUAUUAUCGUUAAUUAAACCAGUUAAUAAGUUAUUGGGAUUUGAUGAGAAAACUCCGUUAGAAAUCUUUGAAGAAUUAUCCCAAGUUAAGAUUGAAAAUGUGGAUAUUAAUUCGACUUUUGAGAAAAACGAAUUGAGCACCGGUGAUAUAUUAGUAUUCCAAGUUGCCAAUGUUGAAAAUGGAACUCUUGGUAAAAAAUUUGCUAACAUUAAAGAAUAUUACAAAUUUUUACUUACCAGAUUACACAUCUUCGUAAAACCUUUUAAGGCCAGUACUGGCGAUGAAGAUAGUGAUUUUGUUGCCGAAGAUGAUGAUGAAAAACAAGAUAAGAGUGCUGAAUUACAAAACAAGACGGGUUCAGGUAAAUCACCUCAAGAGGCUAGAGAAAUUGAAUUAGCUAAAGAAAUAAGUAAGUCUUUUGAUCUUUGGAUUUCAACACAAUAUUCUUAUCAAGAUUUAGCUAUUAAUAUAGCUAAAAAGAUCGAUAGUGAAUUAGAUCCAAAUUACUUGAGGCUUUUCAUAGUCAAUAAUCAAGGUGUUAGAUACCCUUUGAAAUCAAGUCACAACUUAUUACAAUUUUUCCCUAAAUCGGUUUCAUUGUCAUCGAUUACUAACUUUGAAUACGAAAUUUUGAAUAUUACUUUGAAAGAAUAUGAAAAUAUGAAAUCCGUUAAAGUAUACUGGUUAAACAGUAUAUGCCAUUUUCAAUUGUUCGAUUUCUUAUUACCAAAAGAUGGUACAGCAACUGAUUUAGUCAAUAAAUUAGUUCAUAAAUUGAAUAUUCCACAGAAAGACUUGACUAACUUAUUGCUUUAUGCUGGUUUUGAAAAUAAGUAUAUUGAUUUGAUUAAAUUCGAUAGAACAAUUGAAUCCAUUCACGAUGAAUAUGAAUUAUACGCCGGUAUAUUCCCAGCAGAGGUUGAGAUUUUAGCUAGCCACGAUUUGAUAAAGAGAUUCACCAAUACUCCACCAAAAGCCGAUGAAAUUGAUGAUGAGAUAACUAAAGAUGAAUACUUGAAGACAGUGAAUUACUCUAAGCAUUUGAAUAUAAUUCCAGUAUUCCAUUUUUAUAAGACCAUCAACAAUCAACAUGGGAAUCCAUUCCUCUUCCCUCUAUUCCCAUCGGAACCAUUUAGUGAAACCAAGGAUAGAUUACGUAAAAAAUUAGGAUUAGGUGUUCAGGCUUUUGAAAAAAUCAAAAUUGCGCUAGCCGAUAACAAUGCCAAAGGUAGGUUCAUCGAUCAAGAAAAUCUUGAUUUGAACUUAUUUCAAGAAGUGGCAACUUUUGCCUCAAGUGUAUCUUUGGCUUUAGAUCAUCCCGAUAGAGCCCCUCGUCGUGUUAACCCAUUUGAUAAGGGUAUUUCUAUCAAGUAG